AAACGCUAUUUAAAGCAUUUUAAAUGAAACAUACUUGCUUGUAUGGCACCAUUAAAAAGAACAUGUUAUUAGUACAUGAAGAAAUUAUGCGUGGAUUUCUCUAAUAUAUAUAAUUUAUUUGUAAUUAAAUGUCCAGUUUAGCGUUUGGUCUUAGUGUCUGAACACCGCCGAACCCCAGCAAAGGAGUGGCGUUUCUUGGGGGAGGUAACCAAAUUAGGCAGUACGAGCGGCGGAACUCUUCCUGCCUGGCGAGCAGUUCCUGCAGCGCUCGGAGCAGCGGGGAUGGCGGAGAGCAGGUCUGAUCUGAGCUGUGCCGUCAGCUGCGGGGGAGACGCAAAGCACGCUCCGGACGCCGGAGCUUCCAAGUGGGUCAGACUCAACGUCGGCGGCACGCAUUUUCUGACCACGAGGCAAACCCUGUGCAGAGACCCGAAAUCUUUUUUAUACCGACUGUGCCAGGCCGACCCCGACCUUGACUCUGAUAAGGAUGAAACCGGCGCCUAUCUCAUAGACCGAGACCCGGCCUUCUUUGGUCCACUGCUGAACUACUUGAGACACGGCAAACUGGUCCUCAACAAGGACCUCGCAGAGGAAGGUGCACUGGAGGAGGCUGAAUUCUACAAUAUCACUGCAUUAAUAAAGCUCAUCAAAGACAGGAUCAGGGAGAGGGACACCCGACACCUGCAGGUAUCCAUGAAGCAUGUGUAUAGGGUUCUUCAGUGCCAAGAAGAGGAACUAACCCAGAUGGUCUCCACUAUGUCUGAUGGUUGGAAGUUUGAGCAGCUUGUCAGUUUAGGCUCCUCGUAUGGCUACGGACGGGAUCACCAGUCUGAGUUUCUGCUGAUUGUAUCCAGAGAGGUGAAGGCUGUGGAGGCCGGCUUUCCGGUGGUAAAUAUUGGUUCUUCUUAUAACUAUGGAAAUGAAGAGCAGUCUGAGUUCUUGUGUGUGGUCUCCAAGGAGCUGAAUAACCAGUCAUCUGUUACAAACAGUGAGCCAACUGGAAAGGCCAAGAUUCUACAAGAACGUGGAUCACGAAUGUGAAGAGGCAGUAUGCACAACCUCAAAAUGUUCUGUUUAUAAAAAUACCAGCCUUAUCGCCUUUGACAGCGAGCACUUAGUAAGGAAGAUCCCCAUUCCUUUACAUUGUGGAUUGAAUACGAAAACAUAUUUGGUGACUUAAUAUUUAUUCUUAUAUAGGUCAAUUCUUUUCUAUUUCAAAACUGGAAAUAUUUAUGUCCUUCAAAGUCAAUAAUGAACUCAGGGCGUCGAGUAAUUGUAUUUAAUUCAUAAUUAUAAGGGUCAGGUCAUCAAAAUAUAUAUUGUAUUCGUUUUAGGCAAAACAUAUUUCUGAGAAGUAUGGAUUUAUGCAAUUAAUUUGGAUUUAUGCAAUUUAUUAGGAGUAGAGCGAGCCAUGGAGAAGGUUCUAGGUGUUGACACAUUUUUAAAAUGUGCGUCCUUCUGCCUCAUCCGUUGUAAGCUGAAAACCUCAACAUGCAGCGGGUGAAAAAUGCCGAUCCUGUCAUGACAGCCACACCUCCUGUCGAAAGGGCUGAGACACAGGGCCUCUGGAGAGAGAAAACUGGAUCAUUUUACACAUGUUGCUGUCUGUAGUUUACUUGAAAUUGGGCAAAAAAAAGAACAAAAAAUGUCUAAAUAUUUACAGUGGAAUUGGAACGUUUUGCAUAAAGUAGGUAACUGCAUUAAAUCCAGCACCGGCACAUUAAGUUUGGGUUAGAAUGCAUUGCAGCAUUCCCGUAAUGCAGACUUCCCAUAAUGCAGCAUUCCCGUAAUGCAGACUUCCCAUAAUGCAGCAUUCCCGUAAUGCAGACUUCCCGUAAUGCAGCAUUCCCGUAAUGCAGCAUUCCCGUAAUGCAGACUUCCCGUAAUGCAGACUUCCCGUAAUGCAGACUGCCCACCUCUCCAGGAAGGACCCCCCAGCUCGGGGCAGAUUUUACCCUCACAGCCCAGAAUUUUGAUGGUAUUUUCUGGUAAAACUUGUGGGGGGGGGUUAUAAAAAGGGGUAUUUCCAAGCAAAAAAAACACCAGGGUGUAGCAUGUCACUGUAAGUGCACCCCAGGCCCCAGCCCGGCUGUCCCUCAUCCGAUUCCCUGAAAUUCCCUGAGUUUGCCUAAGGUGGCAUGUCUCUAUAUUGCUUUGGUGGUACAUCACUGAUUUACAGACUUAAAAGCACACCAGGCAUCUGGUGUGCUGCAAUAUUGUUUAUAUAUACAGUGUAUAUAUACAGUGCUGUGCAAAAGUCUUUAUCUGGACAGUGAGGGUGUGCAGUGGACCUUUCUAUAUUGUGAUGUUUCCCUUCAUGUUUCCGAUAUUUGCAUUCGCGUAAAAAAAUCACACGGGAAUUUUUUGGGAGUUUUGCGAAAGCUGCCGAUGGCACACAAAAAGUUUAGUAACUCAUAAAUGCAUGAGAUACACGUAGCGGUGCUGGUUUGGAGGACGCCAGGCGUGUUUGUAGCAGCUUCGCACGUCUCGCAGUGAUCUCACAAUCAUCUUGCAGUGAUCUCGCAGUGAUCUCACACUGGUCUCUCAGUCUCGUAUUUCUUGUAUCUUUUUGUGCCACUCGCCAUGGGGGCCAAAAAAAUGUACGUGGUUUUUCCAGAUGGUGGGGGCCCUUGUCUGUAACCCCUGUGGUGUGUGACAGUUAACUGUAUUCACUCAGAAAAAUGUUAAAUAUUAGAAUAAUUACUAAUAAGCAACAAUAAUACAAUAAAAAAAGAAAAAUAUUUUUUUUCUGUUCUCCGAAAAAUGACUGAUAUCUUGCUGGGUGACUAGAUGAACACGGCUUCAGCUCCCAAACCUUCUCCUCAGGGGCACCUCAGACAUUCCAUGUGCUUGUUAAAUUUCAUCAAUAGCUCACCUAACUAACUUACAGAAUUCAAUGAGCAUUGAUUAGCCAAACACUGUAUGCUAGCAGCUGAGGCAGCAAAUACAUGGGUAUAUUUAAUGGUUUUGGCCUGGGUUUGAAAUGACUAACACUUACACAUAGGAUCAUAAUUUUACAAAAACAUACAUUGAGCAUCAUAAGCUAAUCAUUCCCUGCUGAGACUGCUGCCCCCACGACCCGACCUCGAAUAAGCGGAAGAUAAUGGAUGGAUGGAUGGAUGGAUGGAUAAGCUAAUCACUUUCUGCAGCAGACUAAAUCUUUUGCACAGUACUAUAUAUCAUCAAAUUAUGUGUGUGUGCAUGGGUUGUACAAAAAGUUUACUGGAAAUUGACUGUUAGACUUGUUGUGUUGAUGUGCUGAUUUUCUUACCGACUUCUUCAAAAAUAGAAAAAUAUAUGUAUAUAAUGUUUUUGUUUUGUGUUAUUGAACACAGAAAUAUGUGUAAUAUAUUUGCAUUUAAGACACUGCAGUAAAGACACUGAGGAUAUACAGUAGAAAGAGGCGUCAAGACAUUGCUAUGCAUUUAGCUUUAUUAAACAGUGGUUAUUGAAACCUUAUUAAACUCUGGGUCAGUUUCCAUACAAAGGACUUAAUAUACUGAGUUAACACACACUGUACAUGUUUCAUAUCUCAGUCCAUGCAUGAAGAAGAAGCUGUAGUCUAAUAUGUGUUUAACUGACCAUUUGUAAUAGCAUUUUUUUUUUUGUUUUUAUUGCUUUUAAUGGCAACAACCUGAAUCUCCAUUAUCGGGGAUGUUAUAUUGUAGAGAGGUAAGCACAUCUCCCGUGCGUUUUCAUGCAAAGCAUGGAGUCAGGGCUCUGUGUUGUAGACUUCCAGUCUGCGUAGAGGCUGUUUCUCAGUGCAGUAGCUUUUUGCUGCCAUUGUUUACAUUGGCCGCACUGUUUUAGUGCCUCCCGGUAAUAUUCUCGCCUUGAGUUACCAUCUUUUGAGUUUCUCCUAUAUGUAUGUUUACAGAUCUCUUUUAUAUGCAUAAUUUUAUAGCCUUUAACACAGCUAAAGGUGGUUAGGCUUGGACCUGUGGCCUUUCUGCAGGGACUUGUUAUAAUCAUGCUGAGGUGUUGAGUCCCAGCUCUCUCGUGACACAUAGUACAGACACGCCUUAACCCCCUCCCCCCCACCCCAAUUCUUAGUGACCUUGGGUUGAUGAGGGUCACGCAUUCCUUUGGCACCAGCAGCUGAAGGGUUUGUGACCCCAGGCAUCUGGCACUGCAAUACAUUGCUCUCUUUUCCGGUCCUUUCUGUACAUCUCGAUUCCCUUUGUUCCAAAUCAGCCUCUAAUGUAGCAACUAAUCAUGGCAAAUUCCAGAAGUUUCUUUGUGUUUCCCCUGCCAGGUGUGCCCACCGAUUUGUUCAAUCACAGACUAAUAAUAACAGCAUAAAUUAUUUUGCACACUUUUGUCACUACUGUUAAUAUAUUAUCUAACAUAUAUUACAUUGUUUUACUUUUUAUGUUGUUCUCAUAGUCAUAGAUAAAAUGACUGUGGAAACAUAUAUUUGAUGGUUAUGGUAGGAAAAGCAAUCUAAGUUUAAAUAAAUAAAUGAUCUCAAAGUUUACAUGCAAA